AUGAACGUGACCACGACCUGGAGCGCAACUCCCGCCGCUCUAGAUCCCCUCAGUUCGUCUACGCUGAACAGGUUCCAUAAGAUCGAGCCACCGGCAAAGCGGCGCAAGAUCAAUGCAGAUACUACCGCGAGUAAUCUUUCAACAACCUCCAUUGUGAUUCGGGCCCAUGCCGCAUCUUUAUCCGAUGAAUCACUCACCUUCGACCCCAUUUGUCUGCUCCCUCGUUCCCGGUUCCCGCUGUCAUGGCUCGAGGACGCUGCGUGGCUGCGCUCUGACGCACAGCCCGGGGGUCUCUUUACCGCGGACAACCCCUCAUUAGAGCGAGACUUGCGAUAUUGCACGGAGCCUACAAUUUUGGCGGUUCGGUUGGCGGCCACGGGAGAACUCUAUGUGGUUGAACGGGUCAAACGAGGGAUAUACUCGCUCUGGCGACUUGCGCAGUGGAUACGGGAAGGCGACAUCGUUGUCGCUGCCAAGGGAUGGCACGGAUCAGACCAUGUCGAUUCGGAUCUCGUCGAAGAAGAAAAACCCGCUCUUGCUUUUGACGACUCCAGCUGGUGGCAGCAUGCACGGAUCGAGGAACCUUCCUCUGACCUGGGUCUAGGGGAAGAUUUUGCGGGAUUGCACGUGGACGUCGUGUUUCGGGCAACAGGUAUACCGGAGACGCACCCGAAGACCUUGUCAUUCGGUGAGCGAGAUCAAUCUAUCGCUCCCGAGUCGCAAAUCGACUUGGUGAAGACACUAUCAAACUCGCAAGCGCGUCUCGUUGAGCCUUCAAUGGAGCUGGAUCAGGCUCCAGACAACAAGCAAAACCCCGAAGAGUUACUAGACAGCAUGCGAGAGCACUAUUUGCAGGCUCUCUACAUCUCCAAGACAUCUUUGGCGUACUUUGCCAAGGGCCCACUGACUCGCUGUCGCGCUGCGUUUCAAAAUCCAGACGUCACUGAUGCAGGAAAGCCGGCGCAACUCAUUGAGUACUACCGCGAAGCUGUCCUUGCGGCCAAGAAGAUGGACCUCAAGUACCGCGAAUCUCUUCCGGCGGCGGUUCGUGAAGCUGUGCUCACCGUUUCGGACGAUGAGGCAGCUUCAAGCAAGAAACGCCGCGGCAAGAAAAAGAAACUGGGGAAAAGUGGCCUGUAUCCCGAAGAAGACGAUUUUGUGCGGAGGUGGUGGAAAGACCGAAAGAUGAUCGACCCCGCCAUGCAAGAGGGCUCUCGCGAGGCGGAGGCCAAAAAACACAUCUCGGAUCUUCGACUGCGAGAGACUCAAUUACAGAUCCUCUUGAUCCUGGAGAUCUUAGCUCUGGAGUCGGCGCCGCUCAUGCACACAGAUCAGGGUAUUGGGCAACCGGUAGAUGGAGAAACGGACACAACUAAAAGGAAAGCCAAGAAGCCACAAGAUCUGAAUGUGCUUCUGGAGCUGCACCUAGAUCGACUCUGUAUCUGGCAUGCAGUCACCAUUGAAGACACCGCUGGCGACGAUGCCGCAAAGUUAUCCUCCUUCGUUGAUGGUCAGCUAGCCAAGAAGAAGCCCGAGAGUGAUGCUGUGCGCGACUUUUGCACUGAAGUGAUCAUUCCAUUCUAUGCUUCUCGCAUGCCGGACAAGUGCAAGCUGAUUACUCGCAAAUUCGGAGUCUCUGGUGGCGGCCCCCCUGCUGCUAAAAAGUUGCAAUCAUCGAGUAAGCCACGUCGUCCAGAGCCGGGCUCUGAUGUCAAGCGAGAGCCCCCCGUAAAAAAGCCAAGACGAUCACUACAGCGGGUGUUGACGGAUGAAAAAGCCGCGGCGUCGCAACUCCGCCAUCCAUCGCUCACUCGGGCCAAGACCGCGCCCACGCCGCGCGAAUCCACCCGCGACUCGCUUGAACCGCUGCUUCCUACAGUCUUGGGGGGAACCACGGUCCGUGGUGGUAUUCAGUCGAAAAGGGUGGAAAACCGCGAGGUCGAUCUCAAUGCGGCCGCAAGGCAGCAUGAGACCAAGUUGCGAAAAGUGCAGAUGUUGGCUGAUCAGAAGAAAGAGCUCGACAGUGCCAUCCAAGCCCUUCGUAAACCUAAUCGGGAGCUUGUUGCCAAGGACAUCGCUGAGGAUGCGACCAAGCGACUGUCGACAGGGGGCGGAAGCUCACGCAAGUCAAAGAAUCCCGUCAGGAACCCGCUGGGCGAAGGUGUUCAGGUCAUGGCCACUCCGCGCGGUAAUCGGAGGAGGGACGCAAUGGCUGGUAUACCAUCUGUGCCACGUACUUUGGUGCCUUCGCGCUCUUUCGCUGGCCAAAUGAACGAGAGCUUCCUCGCAGAAUCGCCUGUUGUCAUACCCUCUUCAACACGCCGAGCCAUCUCUUUCUCGGGUCCCGAUUCGCCGCUUUUUGCCUCGCAGCCGGGUUCAAGGAAACGACAGCGUGGUGCUCACGAUCAGCCACCUGAGCUAGGAUCCAUUCAAGAAACGCCGACUCGACCAUCCUCGAAGCUGCUCUUCGAUGAUCCAAGCACAAAGCAAUCCCCACUCCCGGGUUUAUCGGCCAACAAGGGGAGAGGCCUGUUCCGGGUCCCUGAAGUUCCAGUGGCCCGAGCUCAUCAACCUGAGAAUGAGGAAGCAUCUCAGCAUAUCCCUGAAGCGCCAACUACGCCGGUAUCUUCCCGCCGGCGAACAAUCGAUUUUGCCUCAGAGUCUCCUCUCGUCGGCCAAACUCCGGAAAACCGGAAUCCGUCCAUGAUGAUCAUGGAUACACCUCCAAGGCAUGAAGGUACCAGCAAAAAUUUGCUUAUGCCGCGGACAACGUCUUUGUUUGCACGUGAUGCCUCAAGAGUUCCCCCCUCUCCUACCAAAGAAUCGCCUGUCAAGAAUGCUACGCUUGUACCUUCAACACCCGAGAAGUCGCAGAGUCAGUCCAUAUACAAGCAGCUCGGUUGGGAUGAUGAAGAGAUGGAUCUAUGA